AUGGCUGUUCCCUCAGUUGAGCUCACUGCGCCCAAUGGCAUAAAAUGGAACCAGCCCACGGGCCUCUUCAUAAACAACGAGUUUGUUGCAUCGUCCAGCGGCGAGACGAUUGCAUCCAUCGACCCAGCCACCGAAGAGGUCAUCACAAGUGUUCAGGCUGCUAGCGCUGAGGACGUGGACAAGGCUGUCAGGGCGGCAAAGGCCGCACUGAAGGAUCCUUCUUGGAAACAGCUCUCGGCAUCUGAUCGCGGCCGCCUGAUGACUCGGCUGGCCGAUUUGCUGGAAGCGAAGAAGGAAAUAUUUGCGACAAUUGACGCGUGGGACAAUGGCAAGGCGUACCAAGAAGCAUUGGACGUUGAUCUCGUCGAAGCCGUAGCCGUGAUACGAUAUUACGCUGGGUGGGCAGACAAGCAGUACGGUCAAACAAUCAGCACUACGCAUCAGAAGUUUGCCUACACCCUCCGUCAACCGAUCGGAGUUGUUGGCCAAAUCAUUCCGUGGAACUAUCCCCUCUCAAUGGCCACAUGGAAGCUGGGCCCUGCCCUUGCUUGUGGCAACACUGUGGUGCUGAAAGCGGCGGAGCAGACGCCCCUCAGCAUUCUCGUUCUCGGGGAGCUUAUCGAAGAAGCUGGGUUCCCACCCGGAGUCGUCAACUUCAUCAAUGGGUAUGGCGGCGAUGCCGGAUCUGCACUAGUGAAUCAUCCCCUGGUCGACAAGAUCGCCUUUACAGGCUCAACAGCGACAGCCGCAAAGAUCAUGGCGUCGGCGGCCAAGACAUUGAAGAACAUCACUUUAGAAACUGGAGGAAAAUCGCCACUCGUCGUCUUCAGCGACGCCGACAUGGAGCAGGCCGUCAAGUGGUCUCACCUAGGCAUCAUGUCCAACCAGGGCCAGAUCUGCACCGCUACGUCGCGAAUAAUGGUUCAAGACGAGGUGUAUGAUGACUUUGUCAAGAGGUUCCUCGAGACUCUAAAGGCUGUCAGCAAAGUAGGAAGCCAGUGGGCAAGGGACACAUAUCAGGGCCCGCAAGUUUCCAAGGCGCAAUACGAACGAGUCUUGGAGUAUAUCGAAGUCGGCAAGAAGGAGGGCGCAACAGUUGCGGCGGGAGGGCACCCUCUAGAUGUUGGGAGAAAUGGCAGGGGCUUUUUUGUCGCCCCAACAGUGUUCACCGAUGUCGAUCCUUCCAUGCGCGUCUACCAAGAAGAGAUCUUUGGACCUGUCGUUGUCAUCCUGAGGUUCAAGACAGAGGAUGAGGCAUUGGAGCUUGCAAACAACACAGCGUACGGCCUGGGUGCUGCUGUUUUCACGACCGACCUCGAGCGGGCUCAUCGUAUGGCGGCUGAGAUUGAGUCCGGCAUGGUGUGGAUCAACAGCAGUCAAGACUGUGAUCCGCGGGUCCCCUUUGGAGGCGUCAAACAGAGUGGUAUCGGCAGGGAGCUUGGUGAGGCGGGCCUUGAAGCUUAUUCUCAGAUCAAAGCUGUGCAUGUCAACAUGGGGAAUCGAUUGUAG